AUGGCGGCAGCAGCAGCAACCGAGGUAACCCCCGGGUUAUCGCAAAUUGCUGCGGCGCAACAGCAGCAGCAGCAGCAGCACGAGCAGCAGCAGCAGCCCGAGCAGCAACGGCAGCAGCAUGAGCAGCAGGAGCAGCAAGAGCAGCAGCAACAGCAGCAACACAAGCAGCAGCAGCAGCAGCACGAGCAGCCUGCUCAGAUCCAGGAGCAGCAGGAGCCGCAGCAGCAACUGCAAGAGCAGCAGCAACAACAGGAAGAGCCUCAGCAGCAGCAGCAGCAGCAGCAGCAGGAGCAGAAGCAGCAUAAGCGGCAGCAGCAGGAGCAGCAGCAGGAGCAGCAGCAGCAGGAGCAGGAGCAGCAGCAGCAGCAGCAGCAAGAAGAGCAGCAUCAGUCUUACGACGCCGAGACAUUUGUUUCACUGUGA